AUGGUUAUGGCCUACUCCUUCUGGCCAGCCCCUGCUCCAGUGCCGUCAAUCUGUAUCAUCACCGGCGCAUUCCACGGUGGACGGGAUGACUCAAACCCAAUGAGAGAGAAAGAGAGAGAGAGAGGAGAGGAGACUGGGAGAAUAGAGAAGAGAUGGAGUUCGGCCGGUCAGCCUCUCGUUGUCUGA